AUGGCUUCUACAGAUAUCCCAAACCUCCUGAAUUCUCUUCGUAGCGCUCGUGGAGGUCGUGGUAGAGGAAGAGGUAGAGGCGGCCAUGGCUCGUCAGCUGCCACCCACGACUCCACGAUCCAAGGCACUGAUACUGAUGCCUCGGUCUCGAGGCUGAGCGCAGUUGACCUUGGUUAUCUGGAUGACCCAUAUGCUCAAUACUUUGUCCAGAGUACUGAUGGUCCUGCGCCGAGGCGUCUUCCUAUCAUCAACCGAGGAACAUACACUCGAACUGUUUCUCUAGAUACUCUUAUAGAGUCUUUCUUAAGUGAAGAUGAAAGCGUUGAGCCAGGUUCUGCACCAAAGCAAAUCAUAUCUUUAGGAGCUGGUACUGAUACUCGGCCCUUUCGACUAUUUGCUACCAAGUCUCGCCCCGGACUGGUCUACCAUGAGCUCGAUUUUGAAGUUGUUACUUCCAAAAAGUUACGGACUGUGCAAGCCACGCCUGUGCUGAGGAGUAUCCUGACCAAUGCCACCCAAGUGAAUGAGCGCUCUUGGUCAAGUAAACCUUCGGGUAGCGAAUACUACUGUCACGGCCAAGAUUUACGAGGCUUUUCCGUAUCAGAGUCUAAAACCGAGGGCAACGAUACCCAAUCACAACCGCAAGACCAACCCGAAGUUACUCUUCCUGGCUUACGUACGGAUAUUCCAACGUUACUUCUCUCAGAGUGCUGCCUCUGCUACCUCAGCGUCACCGAAGCCUCAGACGUGAUCAACUUCUUCGGUUCGCGUAUACCGAAUCUCGCAACCAUCAUCUACGAGCCUAUCCGCCCAGGUGACGCCUUCGGUAAGAUGAUGGUCUCGAACCUGGCGGCACGACGCAUCCAGAUGCCCACUCUCCAGAUGUAUCCCACGCCAGGAGACCAACGGGCGCGGAUGAGCAAAGCUGGCUUCAAAAUGGUGCAUCACAUGACCAUUGAGGAUAUCUGGCAAACCUGGGUACCGCCGGAGGAGAAGCAGCGUGUAGAUUCACUUGAAGGGCUGGAUGAGGUGGAGGAGUGGAAGCUGCUGGCGGCACAUUACAUCGUUUUAUGGGCAUCCAAAGGAAACGGGUUUGGAGGCUGGGGCAAUGUCGGUGGCGGAGCAUGA